AAGGUCACCAUGCAAAAUCUCAAUGACCGCCUGGCUUCCUAUCUGGACAAGGUGAAGUGCUUGGAGAAGGAAAAUUGCCGAAUCAGAGAGUGGUAUACUACACAGGGCCUCUCCUGUGAGCCCCGGGACUACAGCUGCUAUUACAAAGAAAUCGAAGAUCUUCAAAAUCAGAUUGUCUGCGCAACCAUUGAUAACAACAAGAUCAUUCUGGACAUUGAUAACAGCAGGAUGGCUGCUGACGACUUCCGUGUGAAGUACGAGACGGAGCUGGCCCUGCGCCAGAGCGUGGAGGCUGACAUUAAUGGCUUACGCCAAGUCCUGGAUCAGCUGACUCUCUGCAGGUCUGACCUGGAGGCACAGCUGGAGUCGCUGCGGGAGGAGCUCUGCUGCCUGAAGAAGAACCACGAGGAGGAAAUGAAUUGCCUGAGAAAACAAUCAACUGGAGACGUGAGUGUGGAGGUCAAUGCCUGCCCUGGACCAGAUCUCAGGCAAAUCUUGGAGGAUUUGAGAUGCCAGUAUGAAACACUGAUAGCGCGCAACCGCAAGGAAGUUGAGGAUUGGUAUGAGUGCAAGAUUGAGGAGGUGAAUCGUGAGGUUAUUACAAGCGGUCAGGAGGUAGAGACGUGCAACAACCAGGUUACCGAAUUGAGACGCCAGUUGCAAGCUCUGGAAAUCGAUCUCCAAGCUCAGCUCAGCCAGAGAAAUAAUUUGGAAUCCUCUCUGGCUGAGACUGAGUGCCAGUACAACACCCUCCUCGGUGAGCUACAGAACCAGAUCACAUGCGUGGAGCAGCAACUGGCUGAAAUAAGAGCAGAAAUAGAGUGCCAGAACCAAGAAUACAAGACCUUAUUGGACGUCAAGUGCCGUUUGGAGCAGGAGAUUCAGACCUACCGGUGCUUGUUGGAAGGAGGACAGCAGGACCUUAUUCAUGGAGGAGGAAUCGGAGUAGGAACUGGUGUAGGAGGAGGAGUCAUUAGGACAAGCCACAGCUAUACUACAAGUUCAUCUUCCCAUUGCCAGCCCCAAGUCCCACCCUGCAAGAGUGGGGAUAUACAAGUGACCUGCAGAAGAAUUUGUGAUUAAGGAGGAAUGGACUAGAAGAUGACA